AUGGCUGACAUGAUUUUUGGCAGUGGGACGGGCCCCUGGGUUUGCCCCAACGACCGGCAGCUGGCCCUGAGAGCCAAGCUCCAGACGGGCUGGUCAGUGCACACAUUCCAGACUGAGAAGCAGAGGAAGAUGCAGGCUCUGAGCCCCAAGGAGCUUGAGGUCAUCCUGGGAGUCAUCCGCAAGGCAGAGCAGUUGGACGCGGUGGAGCAGCAGCGCAUCGGGCGCCUGGUGGAGAGGCUGGAGAACAUGAGGAAGAACGCCAUGGGGAACGGCCUCUCGCAGUGCCUGCUCUGUGGGGAGAUGCUGGGGCUGCUGGGCAGCUCCUCUGUCUUCUGCCAGGACUGCAAAAAGAAAGUUUGCACCAAGUGUGGGAUAGAAACUGUUGGAGCCCAGAAACGUCCUCUGUGGUUGUGCAAGAUCUGCAGUGAGCAGAGAGAGGUCUGGAAGAGGUCUGGGGCGUGGUUCUACAGAGGGCUGCCCAAGUACAUCCCGCCUUUGGAGAGCAGCAGCAAAGCCCUGGAGCUGCAGUGCCAGCCCUGGCAGGGCGAGGCGGCCGUGCCCGGGAGCGUCGGGAGCAGCCGCUCCUUCACCUGGGCCAGGGGAAAAGUGGUUUCCAGUGACAGUGAGAGCGACUCGGAGCUCAGUUCCUCCAGCCUGGAUGACAAACCUGUCCCCGUGGGAUCAAAAAGCUCUCAAGGGAGAAAGCUCCAGGCAGGAAUGGCACCCACCAGGGGACCCAGCCAGGCCACCGGCGGAGCCCUGGGGACCCCCCAGUCCCCCCCGCUGUGGGGGAGCCACAGCAGCCUGGGCAGUGAGCAGGGGGCCGAGCUCAGCCCCACGGAGAGUGGCCAGAGUGACCAAGCCUUGGACAGGCGCCACAGCGACGCCGUCACCAGCACCCCUGGCAAACGACGCGUCCACACCAGAACACGGCUCUGACGGGGGUGAAGAUGGAGCUGCUUUUUCCUGGAUCCAGCACUGCCAUUCCUCAAAUUCCACUCCAGCCAGGAACUGCUGCCAGUGGGUGAC